AUGAGAUUUAUUUGCUUCAUGACAAAGCUUUUAAUCCUAAAUACAGUUGUCUUAAUUUUUAACAGAUAUAUACAAAAUGAGAAAUACGAAUUUUCUUUUUUUAUAUAUUGCUUUACAAAAAAAAAUAUUCAAAGAAAUGGCUUCGAUGGAAAUUCACCUCAAACAAAUAAAAAAGGGUCAUUUGAAAGUGUAAAGGAAAACCCUAAAAUUAUAUGCUUGGGAAAUGAUAAUAUUAACAAUUAUGUUGAAAAUGGUAUUAGUAGCAAUAAUAAUGAAUGCACAUUUGAAAGUGAUAAAAAGAUGCAGGAAAAUAGAAACCCAGAAUUACAUAAUAUUAAUAAUAAUAAUAAUCCUUAUUCAUAUACGCAAAUAAACUCAAAGAGUUUCAAUAUAAACAAUGAAUAUACUAAUAAAGAAAAAGGCGAUAAAAAUAAAACUGAAAAGAUACCAAUCAUAUAUACAUCAAUUGACCGUAUUAAAAGAUUUUCCCAUAUAAAAGGGAAACUAAAAUUAGUUUAUAUUAGAUCUUUUUAUGAUGGUAAUAAAAAGGAAUUAUAUGAAGGAAAAUUUCAGUUCUAUAAAAAUAAUAUAAUUUAUGUAACAACAUUUGCUGUUGUAAAAAACUCAUUAAAAUAUAAUUUUGAUAAAACCGACAAAUGGUUCAGCGCUUAUAUGAAUAUUUUACAAAAAAAUAAUUAUAAUAUUACAGUGAGAUGUAAAGGAAUAGAAAAAUAUUAUGGUUCAAUUUCUUUUAGUAAUUAUGAAUUAGAACUUUUUGAAAAUUUAAGAAAAUUGUUAAAAAGUAAACUAAAUAUAACAUAUGAUCAUUUGCUCUAUAACUUAAAUAAUUUUUAUAGUGCUAAAAGGAAAUUUCUAGAAUUUAUAAAUUUUAGGCUUAUUCAUCCUGGUUUCCAAUUUAUUGUAAAAACAAAAAAUAUUUAUCAUGAUAUAGAAAGUUAUAAUAAAAAUAAGGAAAUCUUCAAAAAAUUUAAUUUGUCUUAUGAUUCUAUUAGUACUUCUUAUAGGAUAUUAAUACAAAAGAACUUUACCAAGACAGCCGAAGAUAUAUUUCUGUUGUAUGUCUUAUUGCGAGAUAAAUUAAUCGAAUCCGAUGAAAGUGAUGAAGUUAUAAUCUUCAAAACGGAUGAUAACAAUAUAUUUACUUAUGAUAAGAAAUAUUCUGAAGAAAUAAAAAUAUUAAAUACAAAUUUUGAAAUAGAAAUUCUAAUUGGUGAAGAUGGUUAUAAAAACGAAAAUAUCAAACAUCAUUUUCAUCUGAAUGACUAUUAUUCUUUACAUUUAGAAUUACAAAAUAAAGGUGUGAUCAAAUAUGACUUUAUUUAUACAUGGUUGUCAAAAUAUUUUAUUAAUAAUAUUAAAUAUAAAUAUUUUUAUCUUAAUUUUUACAACACUAGAUCGUUUUUAAAUAUGGAAAAUGAGUUCCAUGAUAUUAAUUUUCACGUUCCUACAUACUAUAACUUUAUAGAAAAAAAUCGAAAAAAUUAUAAAGUUAAUGAAACAAAAACUCAAAAUGAAGCAUUAAAAACAAGCAAUAAAAUAAAUGAACCUAAAGAGAAACAUAUAAAGAAAACAUCAAUUAAUUAUGAUUCACCUUUAGGAAGAAAUAAAAUUUUUGCACGCAAUUUUUUAGGGUUCUACAGUAAUAAAGAAAAAGUAUAUACUAAUAGCAGCAAAGGAGACAAAACAUAUAUUGAUGACGAUUUAAGAGACAAAAUUUAUGAUUAUGAACACGAAGAUAUUGUUGGGGAUAUCGGUAUGUUAGAUUCAUAUAAUAGUAUAAAUAUUAUUGGAAUGUUUCAAGGAGAUUAUAAUGAUUUAUUUAUAUUAAAUUGGCUGUCUGGAAAUAAUAUUUUAUGUGUUGUUACUCCAGAUCACUAUAAGGAAAUCCAUUAUAAUACAAUAUUAAGUAGUUAUUUUACUGUUUUAAAUAAAAUUAAAUAUGGAUAUGAUAAAAAUGUAUUUAUGAUAUCUGAAGAUUUGAAAGGGCUAAUAAUUAAUGCAAAUUUUUAUCCACAUUAUUCAAAUAUAAAACUUUUUUAUAAUGAAGAAAAUAAUGAUAUUUUUGAAGAGGAAUUAAAAUCGUAUUUUUUAUUAAUACACUUUUUAUUAAAUUCUAAUAAUAGUCCAUGUAGAGAUUAUAAAAAUGUAAAAUAUUUUUAUGAUGAACAAACUUUUAAUAUAUAUAAUUUAGAUUUUAUUAGUAAUACAUUAUUUUAUCUUGUGUCUGAAUGUGCACUAAACUUGUUGAACUGGGAUAUUCCACUGGGGAUUAUAAACAAAAAUGAAAAUUAUAUAAAUGUAUACAUAUUUAAUGCAUCAUUAAAAUAUACCCCCAAAAAAAUACAUCAUCAUGGAUUUAAACUAAGAAUCCUAAAUAAUGAAGAUGCAUCUAAAUUUUCUAUGCCUUAUAAUAAAUCACUAAUAGACAAUUACGAUUUAAAGUAUGAUUUUUUUUUUAAAGUUGCAUCUAACAUUUUCAUUUUGCAUUCAUUAGGCCUUGUUCAUAGAAAUAUAAAAGCAGAUAAUUAUUUAUCUCAAAUAAAAAAAAAUAUAAACGAUCAACAUGUAAAUGUAAUACUCAGAGGUUUUGACAACAUAAUAGAAGAAGGUGGAUAUGGAAAAUUCAAAGGAAGUUAUAUUUAUGCGGCCCCGGAACAAAUUAACUCUUAUUUUAAUUAUUCUAUAUACAAUUUAAAAAGUGAUAUAUUUUCAUUAGGAUUAAGUUUGUCUACAAUUUUUUUAAAAAGAAAAUUUGUUCAUAAAUAUGUAGAGAAUAAAAUAAUACCUCAAGAAAAAGAUGCAAAGGAUAUUUUAAAGAUAAAUCCGCUGGCACAACUUUGGAUUAAAACUGGAAAUCUAUUUACAAGGGGAGGGUUUAUUUUAUUUAAACGAAAAAUAUACUUAAAAGUUAAUGUUAAGGUAAUAGAAAAACAACUUUCUAAAAAAUAUAUAUACGAAUGGUUCGAACGAAAAUGUUCUUCUAUUAGCUACAACAAAUUGGAUGAGUUAAAUAAUAUGUUCAAAACAAUACAAAAUAUAAGAAGGUUAAAUGUCAAUUCGAAAAAUUAUAAAUAUAAUGAAAAACGCUACUAUGGAAAUUUAGGUUCAAAAAAUUUGAAUCAAGAACAAUCCCCAAAAAUGUCUACUAGUGGUUCUUCAAUAAGCCAUAGAUUUAGGGCUGAUACAAAAAGUAGUGAUAGUAACGAUGAGAGUAAAAGUAACAGUAAUGAUGAUAAUCGAAAUUAUAUUUCAUUUUAUCCAUUUAAUUUAGAAUUAAAAUGCCAAAAUUUUAAAUCGGAUUAUAGGGUAAAUGACCAAAAAAGCAAAGACAAAUCUGAUGAUAAUAAUAUGGAUAAGCAAGAUAGUGAUAUUUUACACUUUCCAAAACCUAAAGGGAAAGAAUAUAGAAAUAAAAAUGAAAAUGAAGAAAUUGUGAUAAAUAAUAGUAAUAAAGAUGAUAAAAAUGAUGAAACUACAAUGCACAAUAAUAAAUUAUUUAAAGAAAUAGAUUAUACUUAUUUAAUUGACCAUAAUAUAAAGGAAUAUAUAAAGGGUUGUCAUAAUUUAAAAUAUGGUAUUAUGGGAACAGUUAUGAAAGUUUUUUCCAUUGAAUUUGAAAAAUAUAGACCUGAAAUAUUUGAUAUAUAUCUAUUAUUUAAAAAUAAAUUGAUAUAUUUAAAAAAUAAAGAGAGUAAAAAUGAGGACAUUUUAUCAAUAUUACACAAAAUUUCUGAACCAGAUAUUAAUAAAAUAUUGAAAGAAAAAAUAUAUAGUAAAUUUUACAACAUUAAUAAAAUGGUACUUUUAAAGACAUUAAUAUUUUAUGGGUAUUUUACUUUACAUGAGCGUUUAUCUUAUGAGUUUAAAAUGUAUGAGUUGCAAAAUUUCCCGUUAAAUGAGGAUAAUGAAGAGAUAUUUGAAACUGUAAUUAUAAAAAGCAUGAAUAGAACAGAUUUUAAUGAAUUCAGCAAUUUAUUAUUAAUCCAAGAUAUAUAUAAUAAUUAUCAAAGAGAAGUAGAAUAUUCAAAUAUACAUAUUAAUCUUUACAUUGUUCGUGAUGCUAUUUACACGAUUGAUACAUCACAAUUAUAUAAUAUAAUAAAACACGAUGGGGUAAAAAAAUAUAGACAGAUAGAUUUUAAAAAUAGAAUGGAUUUUCGAUUAAAUAAACGAAAAAAAAAGAAAUUAAAUCAAAUUAUAGAUAAUGAAUUAAAUUUUUCGAUUUUAAAUCCAGAUUAUAAAUCUAUUUUUCAUAUGAAGUUUGAAUAUAAACAUCCUAUUAUUAAUUCUUUUAUUAUAAAAGUUGAUAAUUAUAUAAAAAGGGAUAUGAAUAUAAAUUUAGCUAUCCUACUUAAUGAAAUGUUUUGGGGUCUCAAAAAGAAUUGCAAAUGUAUUAAUUAUACACAUAUGCAUGCAUAUUAUCAAGACAAAAAUCCGAUUUUAAAUUAUGGAAAUGAACAAAAUAGAUUAAUAGAUCUACACAAACCAAUUGGAAACAUUUUUAAUAAUUUUUCACAAAAUAAUGUAGAUAUUUCAAAUGUAGAUAUAAUAAACCCCAUGGAUAUUCAUUUAGAUAUUGUUCUUAGAAAUAGUGUGCAUUUAAUUGAUAAAAAAAUAUUGUUAGAUUGUGGGAAAAAGUUAAAAGGGGAAAACAAUAUAUAUAUGCCUAAUAUUUCUUCUAUGAGAAAAAAUAAAACUAUAAAAAUAAAAAUAGGUAUAAAUUCAUCUAUGUUCUUUUAUUUGUCUUUUAAUUUAUCAUUGUUACGAUCUCAGGACAUUCAUUUAAAAAAUAUAAUUUAUUAUAUAUAUAAAAAAUAUAAAUCAAAAUUGGAUAAGAAAUUUUCUUUUCCAUAUAUAAUAGGGAAGGAAAAUGAAAAAGACAUACCAUUUAAUUGUCUAAUGAUAAAUGAAAAUAAUACUUUUUUUUAUAAUAAUGUUACAAAAAAUUUUGUUAAAGAAACCUCUUUGAAUAAACUUAUUUUUGCAUUAUAUAAUGUAAAUAUUAUGGAUCCAUCUUACAUUAUUAAAUCAUCAAUAAAUUAUUACAACCAUAGGGGAAAUGAUAGUAUUUUAUUAAGUAUAGUAACAAUUUGCAAUGUUAUUUAUCAUGAACAAAAUGAAAAUAAUAACAUGAAUGAAUAUGAAUAUUUUUUAAAAAAAACAGAUGAUAUUUAUUUUGAUGACAAUCGAAAAGAUGAAUAUAAUAAUGGAAUAAAUAUUUCUAAAAAAGAAGCUUUAAAAAAUAUUAAAAAAGAGAGUAAAAACAUAAUAAAAAUAAUUCAUAAAAAUAGCACUUACUAUUAUAGAGCGGUAAAUUGUUUAUCUUUUUUAAAUAACGAAGUUAUAACGUUUCAUAAUGACAAUAAUAUAACAAAUGUUUUUGAUAAAAUAAUAAUCCAAUCAUCGAUCAUAUUUGAAAAUCAAACAAACAAAUUAAGAGAGAACCACAGAAAUAUUUAUAUUAACAAAAAGACCAAUUUUAAUAUUAUUUCAAAUAUAAUAAAUUUGCAAAAAUAUGAAGAUCAAAUGUAUACGUUAUCAGAUUUUAUAUAUGAAAUAUUUCAUUGGGCAAUAUUAAAUCUACAACAUAAUGGAGAAAAUAAAUGUAUCUAUUUAUAUAAUAGACAAAAUGCAUCAAUGUUUGAUAUGGUAUUAGGCAUCACAACAAAGGACGGUAGAAAAUUCAUAUUAUAUAAACAUACUGAAGGAUUGAUAACAUUUUUAUUUAAUAAUAUAUUAAAAAAUCAGGAAUCUAACAAAUAUACAAGUGAAACACUAGAAAUGGCCAUUAAAUUACAUAAUAUUCAAAUAUAUUUUAUUUUAAGGGGCAAGACAAAUCAGACAUAUCCGUUUUUUUCUAAUAUCUUUAAGAUAUCAAAAAGGAGCACCCAAGAAAAUGUUGUAAAAUGCUUAAAACAACUUAAAGGAAAAAACGUGAAUUUAUUGGGGGAUGUUGUUAAUGAAGAUUUGUAUAUUCCUAUAAAAAUAAAAUUUAUGAAUAAAAAUAUUGUGUAUAAUAUGUCAAAAAAUAUCUUUUACAAAUUAUUAUAUGAUUUUAAUAAUAAUAAGGUUGAUAUUGGAUAUAGAAAAGAAUUGCCUAUAUAUGCGUUAUCCAACUUGUAUGAAAUUCAGAAUAAAUUUCGAUUCUUUUUUUUAAACUGUUUACGACAUUAUAUAGAUAUUCCAACCAAAUUAAUAAAGAAUGAUAACUUAUUUUCAGUCAAAAUAAGUCAAGUGUUUUAUGAAAAUUUAAAUAAAGAAAAUCUUAUUCAUAAAAAUAAUUAUUCUCACACAGUAGACCAAAUUAUUACAUACAUAAAUAAUACUUUUACAGAUAAUGUUUUUACGAUUGAUCAUUGUAUACCCUUUUUGUCAAAUACCAUUACACCGGGUAUAUAUACCUAUUUUAUAUUUAAAAUUUUCGUAUUUUCUUAG